AUGUUUCAGUUUGUGUCGAAAGCUACUAGCACCGCGCAAACCAAUAGUGACACAGGCUGGAAAAGUGGAUGGGGGCUCAAUUCACGUCCUCAGCAACAGGGAUUGUUUUCAGGUCGUCAGACGCCACAAAUAGUCCAAGAGAAAACGGGGUUUCUUGGUGGAUUAAGCACUGGAUUCCUGACACAGACAUCCACACAACAAGACGGGAAUACGGGGAAAGAAGAUGAAUACGAACGCAAAAUGCGUGGAAAGAGACGGCAGGAUGAUCUAGAAUGGUUUGCUGAUUUUUUAAACGGGAAAAACCCAGGUCAUCUCGACGAAGAUGAACAGUACGGCAGUUUGCUCAUGGGGUUGCAUACUGGAGGUGCGAAACUAGACACCAAAGAGCUCAACGAACUGAAACGAUUGGCUGGAAGAACACGGCAACAAGAAGAGUUAAAAGAACAAGAACGAUCAAAACCUCGACAGCGGAAAAGAGCCGAAGAUCUUACAGAAGAGGAACUCAUGGAAAUUGAGGUUCUCGAUAAGCAGCGAGAAGAAGCGGAAGUGGCAGAGUACCUUGAACUUCUUGCCUUGAAAGAAAGCGGGGAAGAAGUCGACUCGGUACGACUAAAGAUACUGGACCUUCUGGACAAACGAAAGUGCGACGAGGCUCUCACUGAAGAGGAUAAUGACCUGCUGAUGUCAUACGAAGAUCAGGUUAUGGAAACCCAUUUGGAUAGAAUCGAGAUGAAAUUUCUUACGAGUUUAAAGCAAGGUGGAAAGAAAUUUGAUGAAGAUCGCCUUAGUGAGCUAGAGUUACUCCAGCUACAACAGCAUAAUGUUGAUUUUAAUGAGGAAGAACUUAACCAAUUGGAUUGGUUUGACUCAAAGCGUAUACGUGAAGUGCAGUGUCUCGACGAGCUGAUUGUGAUCCGAGAGAAGCAAGCCGCCGGUGAAGAAGUCAACGAGGAGCAUUUAAAAUUCUUGGAGCUGCUGAACCGAAAGGUUAACGGGGAACUGCUGGAAGGUUCUGAGCUCGAUCAAAUAGCAUUUCACGAGAAGCAGUGGAAAAAAGAGAGCCGAGAGCAAGCAGCAAAUGAGGCGACAGCUGCAAAUCCAAUACAAGCUGAGGACGUUGAUAAUCGCAUACUGUCUCCUAAAAGUGGAAAAACAAACGUCACUCUAGAGAGCAAGGACCUGAGACGAAUUGGAUUGCCUCCAAAUAUUGAAGUAUCGUCAAUCAGUAGUUUCGACCACAGCGCUGCUAGCAUAGGUGGCUUGUCGGGGGGGUCGUAUGUCGAGGACCUCACGGCACAGAGAAACUUGCGCUAUGAAUUGAGGGAGGAGCAAACUUUCGAUGAAGCACUCUAUCUUUACGAGACUAAGCUCCGUGAAACCAACCAACCCGAAAGCGAGCAGCUCUUUUCACAAAUAUAUCACGAGAUGCAGGUAAAGAGCAGCAAGAAGCACGAACAAGAUGAUAAGAUCGCCGAUGAAUAUCUCAAAGAAGCAGCAAAGGCCUAUGAAGUCCAACGCAAGCAUCUAAAGGCAGAGAGGAGUGCCUUCAAGGCACAGAAACAAAAGUUUGUAUCGAGCUUGGAGGAAGAAACGGAUACUGAGACAGCCAAGGAGAAAUUUUUAUCUAACAUUCCAAAAGAUACGUUGAGGGUAGAGUCUGAAUCCUCCACUUCGAACGCUCUUAUGGCUCGCUGGGCUUCGACCCCUGGAAUUAUUACCCCAAAUCGAUCGAAUGACGUUCCGGCUCCAGAAGAAAGCCGAGCAGAAGAAGAUGUAGAUCGCAAGGAAUCGAAAGAUUUCUUGAAUAGUCUCGAUAAAGGAAAAGAGAACGAUGAAGAUCGGCUUUAUAGACUUGGACUGUUUGAGCGCUAUGGACUCGGCGAGUCUAUGACAAGCAAUGAAUUGGAGGAUUUGCGCUACCUCAAGAGUGAAAAGGAAAAAGAACGUCAUAAGAUUGACUCAAAUUUGGACCAUCGAACGACAAAGGGCUCAAGAAAUGAAGCAAGACAACCCAGUGUAGCUUUGAACGGCAGUCUGCGUGUUAAUGAUUUUACACCUGUCCCGGUGAACUCAGAGGAAAUUGAUUGGACCCAAGAGAAUAUACGGACGAUGGACUCUAUCCAGGUGGAAUCAGUGGGAAAAUCGAUUGAUAGAAACCAUGAGAGCAAGGAUACUAAAAACGAAAACUAUGCGGAUGCUGAGGAGCUGCAGGAAUUACUGCAUAAGUUUGAGCAAGGCGAGGAUAUUGACGAGGACAGGCUCUACGAGCUCAUGCUCUUGGAGCGGCAUCGAAUGGGUGAAUCGUUAACGAGUGACGAGCGUGAGGGUCUCAAAAGUCUUCUACACGGGGGAGAAGAAGAGAAUAGUUCAGCUUCACAGCACAGCAAAUUGCAUAAGUUGAACGAUGUUCCAUCGGUGCCUUCAGAGCCUGGUGUAAUUUCUCCGGCUCACAGGAAUGUAAAGGAGCUGGAUUCUUCUCAGAUUGAUUUGAUGGAAACAUCGAUUGAAGGAAAUCACGACAGAACAGAUAGUAGAAAGGAGAUUGACCGCUCGAACCAAACCGAGAUGAAUAAUACGGAUUCUGAGGAGCUUCAGGAUUUAUUGGACAGGCUCGAGAGAGGCGAGGAUAUUGACGAAGACAGGCUGUACGAGCUCGAGCUGUUGGAGCGGCAUCGAAUGGGAGAAUCGUUAACAAGUGUCGAGCGUGAAGAUCUCGAGGUUCUUUUUCAGGAACGAAAUGAAGAGGACAGUUUAGAUUCUCGUCCCAUCAAAUCGUCAAAGAUGGAUGAUGUUCCGUCGGUACUAACAGAAUCUGACGCGAUAGCGGUUGCCAAGAUCGGAACGGAAUCGAUUGAGACAUCGAUUAAUGAAAACCACGGGAACAAGGAUAGAAAGACAGACUUCAACGGCUCGAGCAAUACGAAGACAAACGGUGCGGAUGCUGAGGAGCUACAGGAAUUACUGCAUAAGUUUGAGCAAGGCGAAGAUAUUGACGAGGACAGGCUCUACGAGCUCAUGCAUCGAAUGGGUGAAUCAUUAACAAGUGACAAGCGUGAAGGUCUCAAAAGGCUUCUACACGGGGCAGAGGAAAAGAAGAGUUCAGCUUCACAGCACAGAAAAUUGCAGAAGUUAGACGAUUUCCUAUCGAUACCUUCAGAGUCCGAUGCACGGUCUACCAACCAUACAUCUGUAGUCGAGCCACCACAGGCCGGAUUGAUGGAAACAUCAAAGGUGGUCGAUACAUCGUCGUUACUCGAAGAAUCUGUUGCGACAUCGGCUGUCCAGACAAGUACAAUGGAUCCUGUUCUUCCUGAGAAUGAAGUAAGAGAUACAUCCAUUGAAGGAAACGACGACAAAGCGGAUAUGAGGAUCGAGAUGGACAGCUCAAGCCACGCUCCUCAAGCUAAUUCGGAUUCUGAGGAGCUCCAGGAUUUAUUGGACAGGCUCGAGAGAGGCGAGGACAUAGAUGAGGACAGGCUGUACGAGCUGGAGCUGUUGGAGCGGCAUCGAAUGGGAGAAUCCUUAAC